AUGUCUGCAGGACAUGCUUAACGUUUGUCUAUCCAUGUUCUUCUACUAACAACCAGCGGGGUUGGCACAUAGAUGCACAGAGACUGGCGUAUUGCUCCACUCAGGAGCUCUCUAUGACAGAAAUCAGAAUUCAGAGCAGCAGAUUGUUCACAGUUGCAUGAGAGUUACAUGUUGAGCAGUUUACGUGUUGUUGCAUUUAGCUUUAGAGAGGCAAUUUCUGUUUGAGGGCGAUUUUUUUUUUGUCAUCUGCUCUGUGUUUUUUGGUUUGAAACACAGUGGUUAUUGUGGAGAAACAGCAUCUCCUCUUAGUUGAUUAGUUAGUUUUUCUGUUUUCAUCCCUCCAUUGCUUCGAGGUUGCUUUUUGACCCUUUGCCACCAUGUGGGAGUUCAGGUCCAUGUCUUUCUGGCGGGCUGUGUUCGCCGAGUUCUACGGCACCAUGUUCUUUGUAUUCUUUGGGCUGGGGGCAGCCCUCCGCUGGACCACCGGACCCCAUAAUGUCCUCCAUGUUGCCUUUUGCUUUGGGCUGGCGGCUGCCACCCUCAUCCAGUCCAUCGGCCACAUCAGCGGAGGACACAUCAACCCAGCUGUUACCUUUGCCUACCUGAUUGGCUCCCAGAUGUCCCUGUUCCGUGCCUUCUUCUACAUCAUGGCCCAGUGUCUGGGAGCACUGGCUGGUGCUGCCGUGCUCUACGGGGUCACGCCCAGCAACAUGAGAGGAAAUCUAGCGCUCAAUACGCUGCAGCCAGGCAUCAGCCUGGGCAUGGCCACCACCAUGGAGGUCUUCCUCACCCUGCAGCUCGUCGUCUGCAUCUUUGCUGUGACUGAUGAGAGGCGCAACGGACGCCUGGGAUCUGCCGCCCUGGCCAUUGGCUUCUCUGUGCUCAUGGGGCAUCUUCUUGGGAUGUACUACACUGGAGCAGGAAUGAACCCAGCCAGGUCCUUUGCCCCUGCUGUCCUGGUCAGGAAUUUCGUCAACCACUGGGUGUACUGGGUGGGACCCAUGAUUGGUGGCGCCAUGGGUGCUCUGCUGUAUGACUUCAUGCUGUUCCCCCGUGUCCGCGGACUCUCCGAGAGGCUCGCCACACUGAAGGGCACCCGGCCUCCAGAGGCUGAGGGCCAGCAGGAGAGCAGGGGAGAGCCCAUCGAGCUCAAGACACAGGCCCUAUAAGCCUGGAGAAGAAGAUUGGCUUUCUGACCCCCCCCAAUCCCUCACCCCUCAAUCUGCACCCUCAGAUCCCGGUCCAUCCUCAGCCCACUCAGCAUUUCUGAGCACAUACCUCCUCCCUGCUUCCGCACACGCUUAACAUGAUCCCCAAACACCUUUGUUAUCCUCGUUCUGCAUCCAGAACUGGACCUACCGAAUUAUAGUGAAGGGGCAUCCACAGCCCCGACCAUCUCGCCUGAUUUCACCUCUACCCAACCUUCCUCCUCCUCUUCCUCCUUCUCCUCCUCCUACUCCUCCUCCUCCCCCUUGGACUGCAGGACAAAGAUGGAGGGUUAGAAGAAGACUUGCCACUGAAGGAAGCACCCUGUGCCCUGUGGUGUGGGGAGUCAGUCACUCCUAGCUGACCAGGUGGCUAUAACUGCUCAGGACAGGGGCCUCUCUCGCUAUCUUUCUUUCAGUUUCUCUCUCUUUCUGUUUUUUCUCCCUAUUUCAUAGUCUGCUAGGAGUGAAGCUACAGUAGAGCAGUGGACUUCUGCAUGCUUUUCCAUUUUGAUCCGGUGUGAUCUCGCCCUUCGUCUCGUUAUGUUAAAUGAACUUUGGGUAAAUUACAUGUACGUAUUGUACUUUACCAGUAUUUAUUUGGCUCACAUUCUUUUUUUUUCAGUUGUACGUGUGUGUGUGUGUGUGUGUGUGUGUGUGUGUGUGGGUGUGUGCGUGUGUGCGCGCGUGUGAGUGUGAGUGAGAGAGAGAGUGGGUGGGUGUGCAUGCAUGUCUCUGUGCAUGUGUAUGCGUGUGUGUGCUUGUUUUAAUUGAUCAUUUUUAUUUUUCACUUUUCAUUGCCACAAUAUUUUGUCUGUACCAUGAUUUCUUUUUUAAUUUUACAAGCAUAUUUUAGGGAAAGAUGCAACCUUUCCCACGCCCUAACUGAUCCUGCAAAAGUUCAACAGAUUCCAUGUUUAGAUUGAUCCCCUUUUUAUAUCUAAUGAAAAUAACUUCUGCCUUCGAGUCUUGAAGCCAAAUUUACUCAGUUCAGAGUUUGUGUCUCAGCUAGUGAAGCACACACACAUUCAUAUUUAUAUUAAAAUAAACACAAAACACAAAACCAUCUGGUCUUUUCUGAGCUCAGUCUUCAAUGACGUUACAGUUACACUUGAAAUGGUUUAAUUGCCACCAAAUCUGUUGCUUUAUAAGUGGGAAAUCUGCACCACAUUUAGACAACUUAUACAGUGUUUGUGUUGGGUUACAUUUUAAAUGACUUCUGGCAUGAGCUUUGCUUUUAGAGCAGCGCUUAUCACAGAUUCAUGUACAGGUGUGUGAUAGUUGGUUUGCUUUUACUUUUGCGUGUCUGCCAUGGAAAAACAAAGAAAGCAAACCUGACAAGCUGUCAUGAGGAACACGAUUUUUUUUUUUUUUUUUUUUUUUUAGUUGAAUUGUGUUGUUUGACACGACUGAAGGGUCUUUGUUACAUCAACUCGAGGUUAGAAAAUGAAAGAGUGCAUGAGGUGUGGUGGCUUGUUGCUGGUGUUGGCAAACACCUGGUGCCUUCUCUUUUCUAUGCUGAGCUGGGCGGCUCUUUGGGAGUGAGAUAAUUUUAUUGGACAAGCCCCUCUCCGAUAUUUGGGAGAAGAGAGAAGGUCACUGCGAGGCGACUGAAAUCUUUAGUGUGUUUGUACAGGGUGAUAAAUGUACACCUUUAUUUUCAUACAACCUACACAAGAGAGAAUGAACUUUGAAGUUGAAGCUCUACAUUUGCCCGGCGUCCCCUCUCUCUUCCAUCCCUCCUUCAUUCACCCUACCUCCUCCCUUUGUUUACGAGGCAGCCAUCUUGUUCUGCUCUAAUGAGGGGACAUCUAAAGCUGCUGGGAUGGAGGGAAGGGGACAGGGCACGGAGAUAAGUUAGCAUUUUGACAAAUUUCACCCGAGCAGUUACCGAACCAGACAUGUAAGCUGAUUCUCUUUCUGCUUCCUCUACAUAACCUUUUUUUUCAGUGUGAUUUCCCUGGCAGUGGUUGAGUAGAAUUUACAUUUUAGUGACAUGUUGAAAAUUAGCAUUUGUGUUCUAAUGGAAAAGCUUUGUGAUGUACAGUGUAAAGUUUUCUUUUUUUAAAAAAUCAUUUCAUGAUUGUUGAAACUGGAUGGAUAGGAAAUAUAAUAUGCUAGUUAUGCAAUGUCUCCUCUUGGCUGAUGGAUUAUGGAAGUGAUGCCGAUUAUGUUAUACACCAAUAUGCUUUCAUUCAAUGGACAGCCUUUUUGGUACCAGGCAUACCUUCCCGAUCGCAAUGCCAUUGAUUUAUUAUUUUUAUAUGUCAAAAAAAUCCGAAAAUUCUUAUGUUUCCAAUCA